CCCUAGCUUGUAACUUUUUAGCUAGGAAGAACCGCGACAAUAUUCUUUUUUAAUCGCAUCUUGUGCUCACAUACAGAUCACAGAUCAAAUUAUCAUAUACUCUCGUUCAGAAAGUCAUUCAUUGAUUUUAUCGUAAUUUAUCUACGUCCCGUACUUCAAUUGCCUAGUCGCGAUCUGUAAUCUACAAUUUACAAUCCCACGCUUGCAGCAAAACAAAAACAUUCUUUGAUAGGUAUUAGUUACAGCACAUAUUACCGUAUUUGGGUACUCCCUACCAUUAUCAAUACCUAUCGCGUAUCCAAAAAAUAUAUACUCUCCUGACCGCGAAUAUGUCAGAGGAAUUUGCCGAGGAUGUCGUCGAGGAGCAGCAAGGCAAUCCAGGUGCCGAUAUUGAAAUGGCCGAGGGUGACGAGGCUGAGGGCACUGUUGCUAGAAAUAGUAGCGGAGACCUGCCCUUCGCUGAGGGUGCUGACAUCGAACCGCGUACUAGUUUUAUAAGUUAUCUUACCAGUCCUGUCGUGACUCUGGUUGUCGGCAACGGCGAAACGGAGACUAUCCUCGCUGCUCACCAGGCCCUCCUCACCCAAAGCCCUUUCUUCUCCGAUGCCUGCGCGGCCUUCACCGACGAUGGAAGCCCGCGACAGAUAGAGCUCGCGACCGAGGAGCUAGACGCCGUCGGUUGUUUCCUAGAAUUCCUCUAUACCGGCGACUACUUCCCUAGGAAGCUUCCUGGUCAGCGACUACUAGAACAAGACCCGUCUAUCCCCGCCGUCGACGAGACCGGUGAUCAGCUCCUGAAGCAUGCGCGCGUCUAUACCCUAGCCGAGAAGUUCGGGAUGGACAAGCUGAAGAGCCUCGCGAGCAGUAAGAUUCACUGCGUCAACUCGACAGCAAAGGGGGAGAUCACGUAUGCCCGUUACAUUUACCAAUACACCAACAAGGAGGAUACGACGGUCCGUGCUCCCGUGGCCAACUUCUGGGCUACCCGCAGCCACACGCUACGUGCGGAGGCGGAGGAAGAAUUUCGUUCUCUAUGUUUGGAAUUUCCGCAAUUCGGUUAUGAUGUACUUACUCGCGUGUUGGACGAGAAGCUCAAGCGAGAGCGGAACGAAAAGCUGCAUCCGGCAACAGGAAGCGGACGCAAGCGAGCCCGCCACAGCAACGUCUAGCUGUGCUCUUAUUUCUAAUCAGAGCUAUUCACCUUUUUAUUUUUAUUUUUAGUUGAGACGGCGCUGGAGUUGUACGAAUGCUCUAGACUACGUGGUGUACUAUCCUAUCUAUUUAAGGGGAGGCUUAAAAUCGGGGCCUUUCAGCAUGUUUGCUUUCGGUAGAGCCCAGGCAAGGUUAUGGUGCUUACGAGCUCGACAGGAACAGGAUGGGAUUCUGUAUA